AUGGUGUUUCAGGUGGAUGAUUUGUUCCGCAUGCGGAUGCUGAUGGCUGGCGUGUACGUCGGGCUCGGCUUUUCCUCCACGUACGGAUUCAGCCUCUUCACGGAUCACCUGAAGACUAAGUACGGGUAUUCGCAGAGCGACAUCACGACAAUCAGCACGGUCGGAAAUGUUGUGAACUUCCUUAGCUUUCAUGCCGGCAUGCUGUUUGACUCCGUGGGUCCUACGGCUGUGCUUCCAUUCGCCGGUAUCCUUGGAGGACUGGGCUUCUUAAUGUUUGGGUUGACCUUUGACGGUACGGUCAAAACCUCGAAUGUGGGACUGUUUUCCCUUUACCAGGGGAUUACCCACCUUGGCCUCCCGGUGAUGGACGUUUGCACCAUGAUGACGCUGAUGGUGCAGUUUCCUUUGGAUCGCGGCUACGUGGUGCUGAUCAUGAAGACGUUCAACGGGCUUGGGACUGCAGUGCUAAUGGCAUACUUCAACGGCUGGUUUAGGGCAGCCGACUCGCAUCGAUCUGAGGACAACAACUACUCCGGCUAUGCGUACUUUGUUGCGGCGCAGAUUUUGUUUUGCGCCUGUCUUGGCUCUUACUGCACGCGGUUGCCAAUGUACUUUCCGUCAUCGUGGAGGAAGAAGCGCCUGAGCGCCGAGGAUACUGCGGAGCGGGAGAAAACGCUUGGCCUGUACAUGAGCCAGCAUGCCCCCUCGCGCCGUCUGCACAUCGGGUUUGGGCUUGUCGUCGCCAUGCUGAUCUUUUCUGCCACGCAGUCGAUUGCGACGGCGUACGUGAAAACGUCCCACGCAGGGUACGUGGCCAUCUCGAUUGUGGCGCUGCUGCUGAUGGCAUCAUUCUCCUUGAUGGCGGUGCCGUUCCAGUUUCUGGGCCGCUACAACCGCGUGCGUCCCACGCAUAUGGUGGGCAUUGGCGAGUCGGACGUGGAGCAGGCAAGCGAAGCCGUAAGUGGGGAUUCUGAGGUGGAAAAGAGCAAGGCUCUCCACAAUAAGCAGCCGGCUAGUGCGGUGAAGCAGCACAAAGGCUCCUUCUGGUCCAAUCUGCUUUCCGUUGACCUGUGGGCAAUGUGGCUAGCCUGCUUUGGCAUGUGGGGCACCGGUCCAGUGAUGCAGAUGAACGCUGCCCAGAUAAGCCGCAGCACGAACUACGGCGUGUAUGACAGCCGAACUCUGACGCUUUACAUUGCUAUCAUAUCUGUGGGCACCGCCAUUGGGCGCAUCUCUGUUGGUUACUUCGACACGAAGCUGACUGCUUGGAAUCGUGCAGGCAAGACAAAAAUUCUGACGACCAUUGCGCUUCCCGUUGCUCCCCUGCUGUUUGCGGUAGCGUAUCUCCUCUUUGGCGUGGUACCUGGGAAAGCCUUGCUGCUGCCGUUUUUGCUUGGGUCCUUCGGUAACGGUAUUGGCUGGGGUAUCGGCGUGAUUGCGGUCCGGGUGAUGUAUGCGCGUGACCUUGGCAAGCACUACAGCUUCCUGCGCACCUCCGCCGCAGUUGCGUCGAUCGCGCUGAACCGCUUUCUGUUCGGAGGGAUGUACGAUGCGGAGGGGCGCGAGCGUGGUGAGUUCCCCUCAUGCAACGCCCCCUCGUGUGUGCGAAAUCAGAUGUUUGUCCUAAUGGCCGUCAACGCGGUCGCCACACUCGCCGCAGUGGCGGUGCACUGGCGAUUUUCUCGCCUCGCGCAUGCAAAGCUGCCCGAAGAGAUGGCACCGUCUUCCCAGCACCAAUUUGAGCAGGACGUGGUCGAGGCGGAGUCCGUUGAGCCUGCUACUGGGGGAAAUACUAUGCGUUCGUAG